AUGGAAUAUACAUUGGAUAUUCUUCAAGACACGGGAACAAUUGGUGCAAAGCCUGAUGCCUUUCCAAUGGAGACCAAUUUGAAGCUGAUAGCCAUUGAUUCUAUUUUGUAUGGAGAUCCAUCAGCCUACAGAAGACUCAUUGGGAGACUAUUAUACUUAACACUUACAAGACCAGACCUUGCAUAUUCAGUCCAAGUCCUAAGCCAAUUUCUUGCUAAGCCUACUGUGAGUUAUCAUCAAGCAGCAGUUAGAGUGUUAAAGUACUUGAAAGCCACUCCAGGUCAGGGAUUGUUCCUCUUGGCAUCCUCAGAAUUGCAACUCAAGGCAUUCUCAAAUAGUGAUUGGGCAUGGUGCAUUGAUACAAGAAGAAAUGUCACAGGGUUUGCAGUAUUUUUGGGAAACUUAUUGAUCUCAUGGAAGUCCAAAAAGCAAGUAACUAUCAGUCGAUCCUCUGUUGAAGCAGAAUAUUGA